AUAAAUGGCGAACGAAACCCAUUAUCUGUCGCCAGAAGAUUUUUCAGCCAACAGCAGAUAUCAUCGCGAAAGAACGAAGCUUUUUGCUCGAAAGAGAGAGUGGAUGAUGCAGUGUCUCUGGAUACUCUCUCAAUCCUCCCUUACCCCUCCCCUCAUCAGCAGCAAAAACCCUAAAAAUGACGCAAAACUCCAAAGAAGCGGUCUUUUCUUUGUUAAUUGUUCCAAAGCCCUAGAUAAACCCCAAACCUCUCCAAUAUUUGUUGCAGAUGCGAAGCAGGCUGCCAUUGCUCGAGUCAAAUCAGCCUCCGAUUUGAGUUCCGCUCUCUCGAGUGCGGAUGGAAUAUUGCAAGUUCAAGAUUUGAACUUUAUUUUGCGGUAUUUUGGGGAAUCAAGAAGAUGGCACCAAGUUUCCCAGGUUUUUGAUUGGAUGCUGAAAAACGAGAACGUUAACUUUGCUUCAUAUAGCAGUUUUAUAAAGUAUAUGGGUAUAAGUCGCAAUCCGUUGAAAGCUUUGCAAGUCUACAAUAAUAUUCCAGAUAAGUCGAUGAAAAUUAACGUGUCAGUCUGUAAUUCUGUUCUUGGCUGUAUGGUAAGAAAUGGAAGAUUUGAGAGCAGCAUCAAGUUGUUUGAUCAGAUGAAGGAUGAUGGCUUAUCACCGGACUUGGUCACUUAUAGUUCUCUUUUAGGAGGUUGUACCAAGUUGAAGCAAGGUUACUGUAGAGCAAUGCAAUUGGUCAAUGAGCUUAAAGAUAAUGGUCUACGAAUGGAUGGUGUAAUAUAUGGCAAUCUUUUAGCUAUUUGUGCUUCAAAUAAUUUGUAUGAAGAAGCAGAGGUCCUUUUUCAGCAGAUGAAGAAUGAAGGUUAUACACCUAAUUUGUUCCAUUACAGUUCUUUGCUAAAUGCCUACUCAGAAGAUGGAAAUUAUGAGAAGGCCGAACUGCUGAUAAAAGAGAUGAAGUCUUUAGGAUUACAACCCAACAAGGUUAUCUUGACUACUUUACUGAAGGUGUAUGCCAAGGGUGGUUUAUUUGAAAAGUCAAGGGUACUUCUAGCUGAACUGGAGGCUUUGGGUUAUGCCAAAGACGAGAUGCCGUAUUGUCUAUUGAUGGACAAUCUUGCCAAGGCAGGGCAUAUACAUGAAGCAAAGACAAUUUUUGCUGAGAUGAAGGAGAAAAAUGUGAAAUCUGAUGGUUAUUCCUACAGUAUCAUGCUUUCUGCUUUAUGUCGAAGUGGGCUACUUCAAGAAGCAAGUCUACUCGCAAAGGACUUUGAAGCUAAUUAUGGGAUGUAUGAUUUGGUUACCUUAAAUACCUUGCUUAGGGUUUACUGCAAUACGGGUGAUAUGGAUAGUGCUAUGCAGACGUUGAGAAAAAUGGAUGAGUUAUCUAUAUCUCCAGAUUGGAACACAUUCCAUAUUCUUAUAAAAUAUUUCUGUAGAGAGAGGUUAUAUCACCUUGCAUAUCAAACUGUUGAGGAUAUGCAUAGUAAAGGCCAUCAACUAGAUGAGGAGUUAUGUACUUCUUUAAUUUUGCAAUUGGGACGAGCUGGCGCGCCAUCAGAAGCACUUUCUGUUUAUAAUAUGUUGAGAUACAGCAAAAGAAGACUCUGUAAAUCUCUUCAUCAGAAGGUAUUGGACAUUUUAGUUGCAGCAGGUCUGCUAAAAGAGGCUUAUGUUGUAAUGAAGGAUAACACAGAGUGUAUACCUUUGCGUUCUUUGGAGAAGUUUGCAAUUGCAUUUAUGAAGUCAGGCAAUAUCAAUUCGAUAAAUGAUGUACUGAAAGCAUUUCAUCGUUCUGGAUGCACAAUAGACACGGAGAUUUUCCGAGCAGCCAUUUCACGUUAUGUUGCGAAACCAGAGAAGAAGGAACUGCUCUUGCAGCUUCUGCAGUGGAUGUCUGGACAAGGAUAUAUUGUGGAUUCGUCGUCGAGAAAUUUGCUUCUAAGAAAAUCUCGUCUUUUUGGUGAGAAGCACCUCAUAGCAGAAAUUCUAUCCAAACAGCAUAUGAUGUCAAGAAAAUUGAGAAGUGGCACAGUCACGAAAGAGCCUUGACAUGAAGCUUCUGAAUUCCUGAUGACAGGUAUUUCAGUCUCUCUACCUUGUCUACGUAAGCAUGAAGAAGAGAACAGUGGUGUUUCUUGAUCAUUAUCUUGUGAAUGGUGUUCCUCUGAGUUAAAGAGCUCAUCCUCAGCUGUUGUAUUCUUAGAUGAGGGAAGGAAUUCCGUUGAGAUUCUAAAGCAAACUUAAAUCAACUUACAAGUAGUGUUUGUCUAUACUACAAGAAGUUUCAAUGUUUUGACCUUUGAGGUCUUCAUAUUUUUGUAAGCCAAUAUAGUUCAUGUAUAUAUAAAGAAUUUUUCUGAAGCAAGGUUGCCAGUUACGUAAACAGAAUCAUAUCCAUGAUGAGUAAUCUAGAACUGCAACAUUGUCAUU